UCUCUUAAUGGUGGCACCUAUUUAAGCAUAAAGGAUUCAUGCACCCUCGGCCAUUACCAAAAUCUCUGCUCAAUCCAUCAUCUAAUUCACGAUGCAGACAAACUUUCUGAGAGUACUUGUGAUCCUUUUGGGUUUCUCAUAUGUUCUCUCUGUCUCUGCUAUCCCUGCAACUAGAACCCAAAAUUUGAAUGGAGAAGAUACAUCAGUUUUGCCUUCUUUAGCUCAGGGGGCACUGAAGUUGGAAAAUGAGACGGUGGUAGAUACGGAGGAAAUUUUGAUGGAGAGGAGGAUCGAUUUGGAAAUACAAGACUAUGGAGGGACUGGGGCAAAUAAGGAUCAUGACCCAAAAUCCCCUGGAAAUGGUUGAUGCCCAAAAUAUACAUUAAAUUAGUCAUAUCAUAAACUGUAAAGGAGGAUCUGAAAGAGCUGUUUUCUCUAAAAAUCAAAUGUGUAUGUAUGGUGUUGAGAUAUAUAGUCUCACAUUGGUUGUAUGUGCAACUAAUGUAGAUUUUAUAAGACCUUAGGCAACAUAUGGUUUUCUGCUUGCUUGUCCACGGCUUUU